AAACUAGGUAUGAAUGUUUUAAAUUGACUGUACCUAUAGAUUUUUCGAUAUAUCUAUUGAUACAAUAUAUGAGUGAUAAAUUACUCCAUCUCGAAGAAUCAUUGCGUAAUAAUACUUCCGUAUCCAUCAAUGAUGGUAAUAUUAGUAAUGGUGACUCUCGUUUAAAUCAAAAUUCCCACUAUUCGUCACGGAAUUAUUCUAACGAUCAUGGUUCAGAAUCUGCAUUGUUGGAGGAUUGUGACCGGGAUUUCGUUACUAAACCAGUAGUAACAAGACCAACACUAGGUGACAAGCGUAACAGUACUGCGACUGGAAGUAGUAGCAGCGGCAUUGGUACAAUGCCAGGGGGGAAUAAUCGCACUGGAUCCAACAUCAUAGCUUUAAGUGGCUACGAGAAAGACAAAUUUUCACUAACUUCUCGUGAAAGCGAGAAACAACUAAAAAUGCCCGUUGUUACUCAAGAUCAUUCAAAUGAUAGUCAGAAUAAAUCUAGAGAAUUAUACCGUACUCAACUAACCGAUUCACAAUUAAUGAGACGUAAAACAUACGGAAAUGCACGUUCUAGCAGUCCUACAGUUAGUACAGAUACCAACUCCGAAACUCAUGUUCCAAAUGAAAAUUGUAAUGAUCAAUCUGCCUUAUCAAGGUCAAGGAAACGUGCAAGAAGUGAAGUCCCUAGGAUGGGAUCUACUGGUUCAAAUAAUUUAUCAUCGAAUCCUUUACUCAGAUCGGUUAAUGAUGACCAAGAAGACAGUGAAGACGGCGAGCGAGUUGCUUUGAAUAAAGGUAAUUCACGCUCAGAUAUUGAAGAAGAUGGAUUUCAUACUGGAAAUGAUUUCGACGUAGGCAUUCGUGGUAGACACCACCGUCAAACGUAUCAACUAAACAGCCGUCAGAGAGACUCAUCUCUAGGUCGGUAUACACGAUCGACAGCGUAUGGUUCUUCAGGAGGCACAUUGCCUCGUCGGCAGCGUAUGACAGGGAGUCUAACUCGGGCUACCACAAUCAGUGGUGUUGAUCCACAUGGUACUUUAAGAUCAGCAUGUAGGCUUGCUCACUCUAUUCGUGCUGGUAUUAUUCCACCCCCACCAUCAGAGCCUCCUCCUGCUACACCACUCUCUGGUUCGUUGAUAUCUGAAUUAGAAUCUAUUGGACCAAAUGCAGUUACUGGUUUACUAAAUCCAUUCGCAUUACAGCUGCAUAAUUCACAACAACAACAACAACAGGCUUUAGCAGCAGCUGUUGCAGCAGCCGGUGGAUUUCCACAAGUCUUAUCAGGUGUCAAUCAGAAUAAUCUAACCAAUUCUUAUAUGCUUAGUCCUGCUUUAUUGAAUGCUGAGACUAAUAAAUUACUUCAAUUACAACAAGCUAAACUAAUAGCUCAACAUCAAGUUGGUUUGGUGGAACAACAAUUACGUCAGCAACAGCAGCAACAACAACAACAGCAACAACUUCUAGCUGCUGCUGUGGCUGCCAACAGUUUAAUGCAAAAUCCCACAGUAAAUGGUCAUACUCUAUCAAAUGGAUCAUAUCUUCAAGGUUUCGGUACAUAUGGUCGUACAUCACGGCCUGGUUCGACCAUCCCACCUUCUAUGCAGUCAUAUUUAUCCCCAGGAAAUUUAUUAGCUGUUCAGCAGCAACAGCAAUUAGAAGCAAAUCAAUUAUUAUUAUUAAACGAUGCAAAUGUACAAAUGUCGACAUUGAAUUUUACGGGCUCUCCAUCUGUGAAUCUAUUGAAUUCAGAAUUAAAUGAAGCAGCCAGUAUAAGCAAAUCAUCCGCAGACUGUGGUGGUGGAGGUGGAGGAUCAGGUUCAGUGGUUUAUGAAAACUCCUACAGCUCAUUCAAUAAACUUUUGACAAACAGUGUUCUGCCUGACUCAUCUCUAUGUCAACCCGGUUUACAAUCAUUUAUUUCUACUAAUGGAUCAAAUCCGAAUGAUGCAAUUUAUAUAGGGAAUUCACAAAAUGUAUCAAUCAUGAAUGGUACGAUUGGGCAUGAUAAUAACACAGCUCCUCCACUAGUCCAAACGUUUAUAUCUUCCGUACAACAAUCACAGCAACAACAGGGUCGUUCAAAUAAUCCCGGGCUAAUUGACUCUACUAGAAGUAUUGAACCAACUUAUUCCACUACAAAUGAUGCUUUACGUGCCAAAUCAAAGUCUCAUUCAGAUUCAGUGGUUGUUGUUGAAAGAAAAUCUAAACGCCAUUGUCCAUGGUAUUACUGGAUUAUUAGUAUAUUGAUAUUAGCCUUCCUUCUCGCACUUGUACUGGCUGUAUCCUUUUCAGAGGAGAAGAAACGUUUAGACCAUCGGUUACAAGAACGAUUCGCUCAAGAUCCUGCGAUUAUAGGUCUUUUUGAUCCUAACUCACCUCCAUAUAUCUUAGAAGCAAAUAAGCCUGUAAAUAUUGUUCUAGAGCCAAUGAAAUCAUGGUCAGGUCAAUGGCAUAUGCCCACAGCGCGUUAUAUACGCUAUAAUAUUACAGUAUCUUCGUUAGCCUCAUCAAUUGGUGUAUUUAUGCGUCACAACACAAUGCCAACCAUUAUACAUUAUGAUAUAUUCGAUAGGAUAACUGGACAUAAUUUGUUAGCAAACUCUGGUCGACAAGAAUUAGGCAGUCGUACAAAGCGUUCCACUCAAUCAACUAAUCGAAAUUCAAAGUCUUUAAUUCAUAUAGGUCCUAAAGAUGAAUUACGUGAAACUGGGCGUUUGCAUUAUUUAGAUGAAGGGAUAUGGUUUCUGGCUUUGGUUAACGAUCAACCUCGACGUGAACCAAUCAAAUUCGCUAUCGGUGAUGCAGUAAUGCGACGAGGUUGUCCAAAUGAUUGCAGUAAUCGUGGUGUGUGUGAUGGUGGUGUUUGCGAUUGUGUGAAUGGAUUCAAAGGUCCAGAUUGUUCAAUAGCUGAGUUACCGAAAGUUUGCAGUGGGCAUGGUGAUUACGCAUCUGGUGCUUGUCGAUGUUAUCCUGAAUGGAAAGGUCAAGAGUGUCAGACAUUAUGGUCUGAAUGUGAAGAUCCUACCUGUUCAGGUAAUGGUCGUUGUGUUGUUGGUGAAUGUCAGUGUUAUGAAGGUUAUGCUGGAAAUUUGUGCCAGACACGAACGUGUAUCUCUUUCAAUUGUUCUGGUCACGGAGUUUGCAUGAAUGGAAAUUGUCGAUGCUUCAAUGGUUGGUCUGGUAUCGGUUGUGAGCUACCUGUACCUAAUCAUUUAAUAAAUUCUGAACUAAUUCAUCCGUCUAAUGGAGCAUCUACAUCUGGUAACACGGAUAAUGGAAAUAAUAAUAAUAAUAAUAAUAAUAAUAAUAAUAAUAAUAAAAUGUUUAACCGAUUAAUGAUGAAGUCACUGUCUUCUCCUUCUUCAUCGUCUGUACGAGCGAUGGGAUUAUCAUCCGCACCUGUUAGGUUGUUGUUGGAUGCAGCAUCAGAACAAGAAUGCACACUCGACUGUAGUUCCCACGGUGUAUGUGAAUAUAUGGAUGGUUAUGAUCAGCCUGUAUGCCGAUGCUUUUCUGGUUGGACAGGUUCCGAUUGUUCUACAAAACGAUGCGAUACUCGUUGUUUUAUAAAUGGACAUUGUACUAAUGGUACAUGUAUUUGUAAAGUCGGUUGGAAUGGAAAAUACUGUACAUUAGAUGGUUGCCCAGAUCAUUGUAAUGGACACGGUCAAUGCAUCAUGAAUACAUUGACUAAUUUUUAUUAUUGUCAAUGUUCUCCUGGUUGGUCAGGUAGUGCGUGUCAACGACAAAUCGAAACAAUAUGUGAUGAUGGAAUAGAUAAUGAUCAUGAUGAUCUUGUUGAUUGUUUAGAUCCCGAUUGCUGUACAUCGACACAUUGUGACCGACUCAUUAAACUUGGUCCAAAUGCUGGUGGUCUAGCUGCUGAUAACGCUCAACAAAGUUGUGCACAUAGUGAAUCAUUUGAUUAUUACUUAUUAAUUACACCGAUUGCACCCUUGGACAGUGCAUUUUAUGGCCAAUUAGAAUUCCUUCUAAGACGUGAACGUAUUGUUGUAGAGAACUUUGAUCCCAGACGUAUUUCCGUUGUUCGUGGUGUGGUUCGUCAGUGGGAUGGAACUGUAUUUUGGGGUUGUCGUGUAUCCGAUCGAGCUAAUAUGCAAAAUGGAUAUACACUAACUGAUAAGAAUGGAAGAUUUGACUUACCAGUUGAUGGGGGAACAAUUGUUCAGUUAGAAUUCUUACGGUAUCCGACUGAUCGAUUUUCAGCCAUACAUAAUUUAUAUGUCCCCGUUAAUCAAAUUGUCAAUAUGGGUGAUUUUUAUAUGUAUGAUGCUAAACAAUUAUCACAUAAUGACCUACCCACAACAAUAACAACGAAAACUACUACAAAUAAUAUUAUAUCAGGGGAUUUUGGGGGUACACUUGGUCCAUCACCAAUACACGGGGAUCUAUGGAUUGUGAACAGUUUUAUGCCCAAGUUCUCAGAUAAAGAUAUAGUCGUAGAAAAUUUAUGUAUUAGUGGAAAUAUACAUGACAUAGUUACACUUGGUGGUCCUUAUAUCCAAAGCAAUUCAUUAAUGGAUAUUUCUACUAUUUGCCUAGAUGAGCAAAAUGUCAUAUGCGUCAGAAAUGGAGCAUUGAUGUAUAAUAUUCCGAUAAAGGAUACACAACUGCGGCUUAUAUACCGUUCCGAUCGCACUUCCGGUUACAAACCUGGCAUAUCUAUUCAUUUAUUAGCAUCGAAUCGCGCUCCACCUUUGAAUUUGAAAGAAAUUCACCUAGUAAUUGAUAUUGCUGGUCAACGCCACGUGAAGCUUUUAGAACCUGAACCUGGCUUACUAAACACUUUCUACUGGAAUAAAACGGAUGGUUACAAUCGCUCUGUUUAUGGUUUAGCUGAAGCUAAAGUAUCUGUUGGUUAUGCAUACACGAACUGUCCACGUAUUUUCUGGGAAUAUCGAGUUGUCCAACUACCCGGAAGCGAACUAAUCAGUUCAGAUUUAGCUAAUUGGAAUUUAAAUAUUUUACAUACGUAUGCGGUUAGCCAUGGGAUUAUUUAUCGCGGUGAUGGUUCACAUUUCUACUUGAAACAAACAGACUGGCAUAUUAGUGCAGUCAUUGGACUAACUGAACAACGUCGACCGCCAAACGACUGUAGUCAAUGUUCAAUUAAUGAUAAACCAACUCGACAAUUAUCUCUACGUAACCCAUACUGUUUACUAACUGAUUCAGUUGGCAAUCUUCUAAUUGGAGAUGGGGGAUUUUUACGUUGGUUAAAUUCAACUAAAUCAGCCGAGGAGUACAAGUCUUCAUCAGUGUUAUCGUCUUCCUCACUAUCUUUUAGAGCGCCACUGAUAAGAUCAGAUUCACUAAACAGUCCAUUUCAAGAACAAUUGAAACGUAAUGAUCGUAGAAGAUGGGAAACAAUAAUUGAUUACAAGCUUGACUUUCUUCAAUCUAAUUUUGAUGAAGAUCAGUUAACAAACUAUUUUAUAACUGUUCAUCCAAAUUAUAUAUAUCGUACAAACGAUUACACUAUGGUAACAUUAUUAGGGAACAGUGGAAAUGUUGGUGGAGCAGACCUUUCAAAUGGAUUAUUCCUGUCACACACGAGUAGUAAAAGCAUAUGGUGGCUAAAAACUACACCAGAUUUAUCAGCACACUUACUUAUUGGAGGAAAUUGUCAAUCGCCAAGCUCUAAAUCUAACAUUAAUUCUGAAUCAUCGUCCUCAACUGCAUUCAACUACCAAGAGUUCUGUAUUAAACAGAAUUUGAAAUCCCCUAAAGGAAUUGUCGCUACACAAACGGAAUUGUAUUUUAUUGAUUCUCAAUCUAUUUGGUCAUUGUCGUUACGGCAAACUGGUUCUAGUACGAUCCCAUUUUCCCGACUUGUAAUUGGAAGUGAUCCAAAUUAUUUAUCAAAUCCAAAGUCACUUAAUACAACUACCUCAGGGACCAGUAUUCCAAAAACAACUCCAUCUUCAUCGACACCACCUUGUGACCGAUCUGUCCCGGGAAAUCAGAUGUUGUUAAAUAAUCCUGAACACUUGGCAUUUAGCACCUUAGAGCAAACAUUAUACUUCUCUGAUAACGACCAUGUUUAUCGUUACCAUUUAGUCAAUCAAAUGGUAUCGUUAGCAGCUGGACGCCUUAAAGGCUGUCCUAUUAAAACAGAUGAUUGGAGUUUUGCUCCACUGGCAACACAAGUUGAAUUAGGUGAUAUUCGUGGUCUCAGUGUAUCACCUCAAGGUGAUUUGUUUAUCGCGGGACCUCAGCAUAUAUGGAUCCGUCGGUCGAAUGAUAAUCGCUUGUAUCCUAUUACUGGAAUUCAUCCUAGUCAACCUAGACAGUUCAAGGGAGAUGUGAAUAAUUCAAAGAAACGUCAUUCUAACACUGAUGAAAGUGUUAUAGAUUUAGGAUUAGUCAAUGAAUUUUCAUUUAACAGUAUUAGCAGUAUAACUGUCAGUUUAUUUGGUGAACUAUUUGUAGCCGAUAAUUCACAUAACAGAGUAUAUCGUAUACAUUAUCAAUUGCCGGAAAAGUCUGAAACAGGCAACACAUAUCGUAUACUAUACUCACAAACAGAUGAAAUCGAUUCAUUCGGUUCUUAUGGCCAAUUGAUUUCAACUGAGAGUGCUUCUACUCAAAUGAUAUCACAUAGACUGGAUUAUCGUAAUAAUGAAAUAAGCGGUUGGCUUUCACAAAUUCGUGGUGAUGAUCAUAAUAUUAAAUUAAGUAUACAUCGUGAUACACAUGGAAAUCUUUUACGCCUUCAAACCCCAACAGGUCAUCUGUACAAUGUAACACUGGAGCCUGGUUCUGGACAACGCAUUAGUACUCUUGUUGAUCCAGUUAACGGAGGUCUUUGGAAAUUUCUUUAUUCAUCAGACGGUCUCUUAACUUAUUUAAAAAAUCCACAGGAUUCAAGUUAUACACAAUUUCACUAUGCUCCUGAAUCAGGUCGUUUGCUACAAAUUACAUAUCCGAACGCUAAAUCUAUUGAUGUAGCUCGUAUUGUCAGGAGUCAAAUCCCUGUGAAUAUGAGAUUUCAUACUUUGGAUGAAGUUUCAAAUCAAGAUAAUACACCUAAAAGUGAUUCAACAAAUACUCCUGAUCAGUUGUCCACAGUAAUCAUGAUACAAACUACGGAUUCGAAUAAAAAUGAGAUGGAAAUCGACUAUGGCGAUUCAAAUAACCUUUGGAAAGUUCUUCUAGCGCAAGUUUAUCAAAUUCGAAAGGAUUUAUACGCACCAGUACAAUUGGUUCGACAAAUCACGAUACCUGGGAAUAGUAUAAGAAAUGCAAUUGAACAUACAAAUGUAUGGACAUAUCAUUUGAAUGAUCAAAGUAAUCCAAGAAUACUUGAUACUCAUACUUCAAUUGGUGGUGGAGGAUAUUCAGAUUUUGGCGUAAAUUUUGAUAAGAAGUCACAACCAUAUCACUUUUUUAAGAAUCAUUUUCGACGUAGUAUUUCGGCACAGAAUUAUCUAUCUGGAUCAGAUUUACAUCGUUCAAAACGUCAAAUGUCCCAUCCCUUUUCUAAGAGAUUUACUGCUCGGUCUAUUUUUAAUUAUAAUGACAAGAAUUAUAAUAAUCUCGGUGAAGAAGUAGACUGGCAUUAUCAGAAGACCCUGACAGUGAAUGGUCAAAAUCUGCUCAAUGUUAAUUUUAACUGGGCACUACAAUUAGAAACUUAUCAACACGCUUCAACUGGACACAUUCUUUUGCAAGUCGUGUAUAAUGCGAAUUUUCAACCGAUGAUUUUUAAUGCUUCUGCAAAUUACUUGCAAUCGGCGGGAGCACAUGAAAUGUUUUAUCCAACAAAAGCAGAUUAUAUACGACCAGCUACAUUGAUACUUGCAUAUACAAAGACUGGACAUUUAAGUGCAGUUGAGUGGGGAAAUGCAAGUUAUCAUUUUUCCUAUGAUGUUCUGAAUCGAUUGAAAGCAGCCGAUUUAGGAAGACCUGCGGAUACUUUAUCAUUUCAAUAUGGAAUCCAAAAUAUUCCAUUUCAGCCAACAAUGGUUUCUGUGAGUGGAUCAGGUCUCUACACAUUACUUUAUUCUGAUAGCUUUAUUGGGUCUAGUGAACAUCAAGAAGCUAGUUCAUUAUCAUCAUCAAAAUCAGACUAUAUGGGUCUUUCUGGAGUUAUCACUCCAACCGGUCUUAGACGUCAGUUUACUCGAAUCAAUGGAAUAAAAGUUAAUCGUUUGAUGUUUACACCAUGGCUAGACUCACCCGGUUCCUGGGUCUAUGAAUGGGGAAGUGAUGUUGGUAGUUCUAUGAAAUUAUCAUCAGAUCAUUCACACUUGCUUCGUUUCAUAUGGCCAAGUAGUUAUAGGCGUAUAUCAAUAUUUCCUAAACAAAAUUUCGUAAUUUACGAUAAAACAUCAGUUCGAUGGGAUUCUAAUGGUUUGAAACAACCAGUUAAUAUAUUAACUGCUCCACUUGUACAGUUGACGGAUACUGCAUCUGGUUUUCGGUUACAGUAUCAGCGUAUCUUUCAAGGAAGUUUAUUACAAUCUUUGCAUAUAAAUCACCGACUACCAGGUGUAAAAACUGCCCAUCCUAAUCUUGGGGGAAUCCUGAAUGCUAAAUUCACUUAUGGUUAUGACUUAAAUAUGAAUCUUGUAAGUAUUCAUACAUCAUUGUUUAUAAGGAAUAAUGAAGACGAUUUUGGUAAUACAAUUAAUUCUGAUGAUAAGACAGUAUUGAAUGAAGAAUCAUCAAUCCGAUUAGAUUCAUUAACUGGUCGUGUAUUGACUAUGAAUGAAUUCACUAUCAAUCAUCAAUCCUCUUCAUUGCAUAUAACUUAUAAUUUAAAAAAUAUACAAAUUUAUCGUCAAUGGGAUGAUCGUCAACGUAUUAUACAAUGCGUAUUGCAUUCACUUAACAGCAGACGUGAAUUGUUAUAUAACUUGUCAUUAUCAUAUCAACCAAACGCUUUACAAGCCUUACAACAACGUGAAGAACGUGAAGGUCAAGUACCACGAUGGAUCACAUAUGUACAUGGUCCAGGUGGACGUAUAGAAGCUGUGGACCGUGAAGAAGCUGGUACAAGUUUAAGAUCACAUAGCCAGUUGAUUUACAAUGCUGAAGGACGAAUAGCACAUCUUCGUAUAGCUACAUCAGAUCCUCAGCUACCAUCGAAUGAGCGGUCAGAGUCUGGAUUAACAAGCCGUUCAGAAGAACUACAGUUCAUUUAUGACUCAAGAGGUUUAUUGGCAAAACGAGGCAACUGGCACUAUAAUUUUGAUGAAGAUGGAUUCCUGAUAAAACGCCAUUUACACAAUUUUUAUAUUACAGAUCAAUUUGCUUACAAUAGUAAAGGAUUGUUGAUAUGGGCCGAGCGUGCAGUUGACAAAAGUGUUGAUUCAUCGUCCACUGACAAUUUCCAUUCAACACCAUCGUCAUCAUCACCAUUGGAUCAAUGGGCUUUAGAGGAUGACGCCGGCUUAAAGCGUUCUUACUCAGUUCAAUUCAUUUAUGAUUCUGAAGAUCGGUUGAUAAUUGUGCGUGAUACCUUAAUUGUACGGGAUUCAGUUCAAUAUUUCUACGCUGAUCCCAAACACCCUACACGUGUAACACAUAUUUUUAAUCAUGGACGUUUGAAAACUAUCCGACUGUUAUAUGACCCCGUACAUGGUCAUGUAUUUGCUUUAGAACAAUAUGAUAAUGGUGGUUUAAAUACAAAUAACGGUAAAAGAAACAAUCUGAAUUCUAAUAGUAUUCCAUCUCCAAUGAACUCCUUCGAUGAUAAUCAGUUUCAUCAUGAUUCUACUAAUUCGGCACAAAAACGUGUAUUUUUCAUAAUUACUAAUCAUGAAGGUAGUCCAACUGCCGCAUUUUCCGAGAAUGGAAAGGUACGUAUGUAUUAUUUACCUUAUAUCUGUAUGUUUCAAUAUCCUAAAUUGGCAUGGGCUGCUGAAUACUCCGCUACAGGAAGUCGACGUCUAACAUUAUCUAGCCGCAACAAUUUCUUCACACGUGCCCUUAUUGAAGAAGUUGAUUUACCACUGGGUCAGGCCUCGUGCAUUACCGAUUUUCAUACUGGAUUUCUUUUCUGUCCACCAACUAGUCGUGCAUAUGAUCCUCUUGGUGCAACAUUUACUAGUCCGGAUUGGCGAGGCCUUAUUUCCACUCGACUUUCGAAUGUUAAACGUGAUCCAUCAGUAUUAGAUACUCACAAAUGGGGUCUGACUGAACAAGAAGCGUUAGGAACUGGCCCGAAUGGUCUCUUUGCAGAACUUCGUAAAGCUAUGACAUCACCUAUUUGGUGGCUUAAACAAGUUGGUUUCAAUCUGGACAAUUUUCUGACAAAGUUUGAUACGUUUGAAGGAAAGGUGGAUAGCAGUAAAAACUCACUCAAAAAUUCAUUGCCUUUAUUUCCAAUUGAUAUUACAUCCAUUCAUUCAUUUGAUUGCAUUCAUAACCAAGGUUAUAAACAGUUAAACAGCAAAUUCGAGCAUCUCAGUAUGUUGAAGUCUAAUCAGUUAACUCCUGGUGGACCACAUGGUAGUGGGCUAUCAAGCUUUCUUCUUGACUCAAGAGAUGUUAAUGAUGAAAUGUCUUUGCCUCUGUUACCCGCAAACACAAUGUUCGGACCUGAAGUCGGUUAUGUAGUUGACGAUGAUACUGGAUCUGUUAAAGUUAUCUCCAUCAAUCAAUCCCAGCCAACCAAGACGCAAUUUCAAGAUGUAUUAAUCGACAGUUCACUAGAAAGAGAACUCGCUUCUAUACUUAUAUCAGAUACAAACCUUGUAGAUUGGUGGAGUUACUCGAAAUCAUCCUUCCCUUCCUCUCCAUCAUCAUCGUCAACAACAACAACACAAACAGCAGUAUCACAGCUCAGUACAACACUAUUCAUUCAACUAUUUCUAGCAACUAAAAAAGAUUUUCAUUCUACAGUAAAACAAUUAACUACAUUAGGUUUCCAACUACCAAUGUAUGAUCGUAUUAGUGGUAUCAAUUUAACAAUAAUGAAUACAAAUGAAAAAUAUAAAGAAUUAUGGAUUACACGAUAUAAUUUACAAUGGAGAAUAAGAUAUUUCAAUUCACCAUAUCCAUUAUCACCCACGACAGAAUGGUCUGUUCUAGUCAAUUCAACUGUUGACGAUGCUAAAAGACGUGGAAAAACAUCAGCUUGGUUGAAUGAAGUUAAAUUAACGCAGCAAUUCAUCCCAACACUCAAACCAACACCAUCAAAAAUCGACCAUCUUAAUAUCAAUCAAAAUAAUUUUGUCUAUCAUAAACUAACAUCCAAGUAUAUUUUGGGAUUCAAUUACCCAUGGAAUAGGCAUGAACUCAGCGAAUUAGUACAAAACAACACUGUUAUGAAUUAUCGUUGGAUCCCAACAAUAGAUUUUCUACAAUACUCAUCUUCUCCCUCAUUAUCUUCUGACACUUCUGCAUUAUGUAGGCUAUAUGAUCAUUCGAGUAUGUAUCAGAUACGACCAAAGGAAUUAAAUAAACACGAAGAAAAAGAUUUGCAAAAAUAAACGGAAAAUCCAGUUUUCAUUGUAUAUUAUAAUCAAUAUUUUCCAAGUUAAAGAAAAAGUAUUGAGGUGGAAAUUGAAGACUAGUUCAUUGCUACAAUAAUAUUACGUAAUCUAAAAAAAUAUCUGAUAAAAAUUACUUUGUUUAUAUUACUGUCUGUUAUUUUUUGAGCAUUUAUUCCACAGACUGUUCAAUCUAUUCAACGUCUUUCAUGAAUGUUUCUCCUUCAAAAACAAGCGAUUUAUCUACUUGAAUGCUUAUUCCUCUUACAUAUAAGCGAAGGAAUCAUUUUUGAAUAGAGUUAUGGAAUAACAAUUUAAGAGAAAACAAAACGGAACUAUCCAUCUCGUCAUAACUGUCUCUUUAGCUUCUUAUCCACCUGUGAAUUUUUUUGUUAAUCGGUGCAGACAUCUGUUUUUUUUCUUAAAAUAUUCCUUCUGCUACUAAUGAACGGCUAACGUAAAACACAGAGGGUACACAUAUGUAUAUAUAUAUAUUUGCGAAAUCUUUUUGAAAGGUUAUUAAAUAUAUAACAAUAAUAGUACGGUAAUAUGAUUUUGUCUUUGACUCCAUUUUUUCUUGUCACUGUCCACAUAAUUUUAUUAUUAUUCAAAGUCUAAGAAGAAAUUUCCAGUUAUUUUAUUAAGAUCUCUUGUUGUAACUAGCGUUUUUUAGUGUUACCGUUUUAUUUCGAUUUUUCUUUUCUCUUAGUAGUAACGUAAUGUGUUACGAACAUGCAAUGCAAAUUUGUAUUUUUUUAUCAAAACUAUUAUUAUUAUUAUUAUUAUUAUUAUUAUUAAAAUAUGAUUUGAUUAAUUUGUUAUCGUUUUAGCUCUUCACAUUAUGACUGCAACUGUCAUUACAACUAAUACUGAUAGUAAUAUCCGUAAUAACUGAGAUAGUAUUACCAUGAUAAUUUGUUUGUGUUCGCUUGUUUUUUUUAAUAGCUACUGAACUUUUGCCGAACUUGAAAUAUCACAGAAGCAAUACAGAAUAUUGUAUUGUUGAUAAUCAUGAUAUUAUGUAGAUUGUUGUGCUUGGUUACCCUGUUAUUUUAAGUUAUUUUGUUGAGAUUAUUUUACAUUUGACUGACUUUUAUGUUGACAAAAAUCAUCUACGUUUCGGCUUAUUCACUCAUACACAUGUACACUUUCACGAUACAAUAUAACUGCAUAUAUGGGAUCUGAAUAAUGUAAUCAAAACUGUAUUCGGCGUUAUCAUGUUUUGUUUAUCUGUUCACUAAUCCGGUUACAUUUUGUUCUUGUUGUAGUCCGCCAAGUACACGUACAAAUGCAUAAAUAAAUAUAUUGUUAUUCUGCACUCCUCCAUUGCAUUCUUUCCAUCUUUUAAACAUUUUAUGAAGGAUAUAUUUAUUUUUCAAUUUAAGUUUUCAACUGCAUGAUUUCGAUAAUCGUUAUUUGUAACCUCCUUUAUAAAAAAAAUAACACUGAGCCUUUUCCCGUUUUUACGUAUUUGUUCGUGUUUGAGUGUCACGAAGUACCAGGAGAAUAUUACUGGUAAUGUUGUUUUCACUCUCCUCAUCUCAUCAAUGCUGUUAUCAUAAUUAUUAUAUUGUCGCAUUAAAGCAAAAUGGCAAUGUAAAAAGUACAUUAUAUAUAUCCUGUAAGUACGUCUUUUCGAUUUUUGUGUAUGAGUACGGUCUGAUUAUCGUGCUAUAUUGACUAGUAUACACGAAAUGUAUUUAGAAUGAGAUGCGUCUUUUGCCUUUGUAGUCCUCUACCUCCUAUUUAUCUUUCUCGAAUUUACUUUUCUUAUAGCACAAAUACCAACAACUGCAUUAUAUUACAUUUACCAAUGUACACUUUUUUAUAAUCAAUAUAGUCUGCAUGCACUAACAUUAUGCAGCUUUUUUAUAUUGAAUAUAAAUGGACUAACAAUAAUCAUUUCAUCGUCGUAUUGUUCUUCUUCAUGCUUUUGUUUCUGUCUAUUUCAUGAUUGUGUAAACAGGCGAAAAUAAAGAAUGAAAUUCAACUUGUAUGUCGUUUUUUCUCGUGAUUAAUCUUGGUCUGUAUUCACUUUGCAUCAUUUAUAUGUAUAUUAAUAUUGCAAUUAAUUAUGAUUGCUACUUAUAUAUAGCAAAUGUUUUCUCAUUCAAAUAGAUGACGUAAUUCUUUUUCCCAAUUCUAUUCUAUGUAGUCACUAUUUUAUUUCUAAUGAAAAAUAAUCAAUUGUUAGUAAUAAUUGCAUACAAACACUCAUUACCUCGCCUAUUAAGACUUAGUGAGGACUUCUUUCACACUAUUCGAUAUUUUUUACUGUUAAUGCACUAUCAAUUCUUUGAUAAGGUCCAAGUCCACUCGAAACUCUCAAAAAUCGGCGAAUUUACUACUUAUAUUAAUUAGACAACAUUAGUCGUUGUUCAUUAAAAAUUAGACAGUCGGUUAUAGUCAAUUUAGGAAUUAGCGCAAAUAUAUAUCAGUCUAAUUUAUGCUAUCUCACAUAGGCAUAUCUAGAAAUCAAAGUAGAGUAUUCUGUCCUCAGAUAAUAUACACAGUAAUCUAAACCUAUACUAUUAUCCUUACAACUUACAAAGACUGGGUAUCCUCAUAUGUCUUGCUUCCGUAUGCCCUUUAUAUAAUUCCUAGUCUCUAAUUAUGAUUAUAAUGCCUGAUUAGGACAUUAGUUUUCAGACAAUAAGUAACUCGGGAUUAGCAAGUUAACAUAAUUGUUAUAACAGUACUCCUCUAAUAAAUUUAAAAUAACUCAUUAUUCCAGUAAAAAUACAUCUCUUGAUGCACACUACCUGAAAAUCAUAUCAAAAGUGAUAUUCAGGUUUUACUAACCUUGUUACUCAACUAUAACUUUUUUGUAAAUCCUUGUAAAUUGAAGCAAAGAUUGACUCACGUUAUCGAAUGAUAUUUGCAUGCGACUCAGAAACUUAAUGAAGCGCCUGACUCAUUCAAGACUAAAUAACUAACUUGAUAAAAGAAUUAACCAUAAUUCCCUCAGUAAAGAAAAAAUUAUCUCCAGUCAUUUUCUGAACUAAGUAUAUCCUGCUUUACUCCACUCUACUGAAUGUGUGUAACACAUUUAACUUCUAAACAACAAAAAGAAAGAAGUGGUUAAUCAAGCGUUGUAAUAAUUCCAUGUCAUCUUAGAAAUAGGGUCAAUAAAGUUAUUGUUUUGCAUUAAUUUGAAAUACACAGAUAUUAUUCGGACGAUCAGUUAGUUAAAAUCCAACCUAGAUCCUAUCCUGCAGGGAGUGACAAUGAUCAAGAUCUUUCUUAAUCAUCAUACUAUUGAUUUCUUCACAGUAAAAUCUAGCCAUCAGUCUUGAUUCCCAAGGGAAGUUGAUCCGUAUUGAUUAUUCCCAUCGCAGUAUUAUAAAAUUUGCUAUUGUUAAUCGAUAUGUUUCGCCUUCCCAGCGACUGCCAUCUGGUCAAGUAAUCGUACUAAAAUCGAC